AAACUCAAUAUAUACACAACGCUACCGAGUCCGCUAAGCUGUUCAUUACUGCGCUUUUCGUCAUGUCGUAAUAAUAUUAUUUAGUGGUUCACUGUCAACAAAUUCACAUUAUUAAUCGGCCUGCCGCAAGACUGACAUGUCUCGGUUUAAUAAGGGAAAGCGGGGCUCCUUGGCCGUGAGGCGCCCCAUCCUCCGCGACGAGGGCAGCAGGCAGAUGGAGAACCGGGCCGAGUGUGUGCGCCGGGCUUGGGAGCGCUGCGGGGACGCCUUCGCCGAUACGCCGGCAGUCAAGAAUGAUUUCUCCUCUCUGGAAAAGAAAAGUACAAGACAGGCAGUUCCUUAUGUGUCAAGUGUUGCUGAGUUCCACCAGUCGGAGGGACAGGAUGUGCACAUCGCUUGGAGCUCCAGUGAGAGCGACGUGUCAGACAGUGAAGCCAAACGUCCUGCUGCCAGUGGAGCCCUGGCCAGGGGGGGUCCAGGCCUGCAGGCCGUGCGGGACUCCUACAACGCAUAUCUCCGCAUGAUCACCACCAUCACCCAACCCCAGCAAGAAGAACAGCAGGAGAUUGAGUGGGAGAGUGACUGUACAGAUGAGAAGGGAGGCGACAGCGAGGUGGAAAUCUCAGACUGUGAGUCUGUGUCACAGCAUGGGGAUGAUUCUCCAAAAGGCUCUGUGGGGGCGGAUGUGGAUAUCUCGGACUGCUCCUCUGGUCCCGGGAGUCCGACGGCCACGACCCAGGCUGGCGAUUACCGGGGUCCGGCCCCCAGCGGAGGCGGUGAUGGCGCGAGGUCCGCCAGUCACUGGGCCAGAAAUCUGCAGGCACUCCUGAAGACGCCACAGAAGCAGGAAGAUAGGUCGUUCAGGACCCCAGAGGACUCUGCGAAAAAGAAAAGGACUUUUCUCAGGGGCGGCCUGGCGGAGAGGCUGAGCAAGCUGCAGCGCAGGCAGAGGUCGGCCGUCAGCUUCUGGAGGCACCAGACCCUCACCGAGAGCGGCAGCCCCGCAGAUGCCAAAGCUGGUGGCCUGGUCCUGGAGCUCCAGGCCGUGUGGGAGGAGUGUGGCCUGCAGCUGGCCCUGUGCCAGCCCCUGCAGCCCCAGCCCCCGCAGGAAGAGGGGCCUCGGGACCAGCUGCUGGUCCUGUUUGACAGGGACACGGCCGCCCACCUCCUGGCAGGCCCUGGGGACAGGGUCCACGUGCACGCCCCAUGGCAGAAGCUGACCAUUGAGGGCCAGAGCACCGCCGUCAUCCUUAACACGCACUUCAGCCUGAAGGCGCCGCGUGGGGGCGAGGUGGGCACGGUGGGCACAGCCCACGCUUGGCCCGCCGUGGCCGCCCGCUUCCCCUGCCCUCUGGCUCGCGCGUUCAGCCUGGCCCACGGGAGCCGGCUCCUCCGCUGCGAGGAGGCCGCCGGCUCGUCCUGCCGGCCCCCUGCACGGGACCCAGAGACCUGCGACUCCCUCCUGGACCUGAUGGAGGUUUGCGGCCGGGCCGGUCGCUUGGACCGCCAGGUGGAAGUUGUGGUGCAGAGGGUGUACUGCCUGCCUCUCCCCGAGCCCCGCCUCCGAGCAUCGCUUCCAUGCCUGGGCUCUGAGGCUGUGCCAUCUGCCCCCACCCUCAGCAGGUUGUGCCUCCUGGUGCAGGACGUUCACGGUGUUUUCUGUGAAGUCCAGCUGCACGCCGUGUCCCCGGAGGCGGACGACCUGCCACGCUGCACCCGGGAGUGGGAGGGCCAGCUGUGCAUGCUGAGAGGCGUGAAGACUGCACAGAGACUGACACGGGCAAGGUCCGCCUGGCUGUUCAGCUUGAUCGACAGCCUGUGGCCCCCGGCCGUAGCCCCCCGAGGGCCCGGAGCCAGCCAAGCCUGCUUGCAGGAACCGGCCAGGCUGCAGCCCCCCAACUUCUGCUACCUGCUAAAAGGCGGCUGUGGCCAGGGGACCGUGCAGGUACUGCGGGGGGGGGCCAGCCAUCAGCUGUACUUGCCAGCCGUGCCACGCAGCCUGAGCACCGUCCUGCAGGGUGUUUCAGGCCAGCGCUGCACCUUCACUGCCACCGUAGUAUAUCAUAGGCAGAAGAGUGCUGCUGAGGGCCCCUGCGAGUUCUGGCUUUUUGUCACAGACUCCAGCCUGCAAGACGGUGAGCUACAGAGAACCGUACCUGUGUACAUCAGCGGCUCCUGUUCACUUCUGCCAGAUGCGGCCCGAGCUCUGCAGACCCCAUCACCUGCCGCCUGCUGCCUGACCUUCAGGGAUGCCAUUAGGGAGCAUGGUGUCAUUGUUGGUGUGGAUGAGAAUACGGCCUAUUCCUGGCCUACCUGUAACCUGUGUGGCAGUGAGCAGUUGGAGGCAGAUCCUGCUGGACACAGCUCCGGGUUACUCUGCCGUCUCUGUGACGUGCUGGUGAAGGAGCCCGUGCUGAAGAUGCAGCUGGAGGUCUUCCUGAGCUGUCCAUCGCUGAGCCAGUGCACAGUAAAGAUGAAGUUGAUACAAGAAACCAUCCAGGCCAUCCUGAGCUGGGCGGAUUGCGGACACGAGGGCUACCAGGUGGAGGGUGUUCUUGGGGCGGAGGUGGGCCCCCUCUCCGCCUACGUCCGGGUGGUGAUGGGGCGCCCGGCAACCUGGAUUGGCCUGGAAGAAAUCAGCAUAUGCAGCGGAGUCUCACACGAGGGGGGAUUACAUUGUAAAAACAUGAAAGUAUGA